CUAAAAUCUAAAUAACCACCUGCUUGUUCUCAGCAUGACGUGAAUGCAACAUUCUGGUUCGCUUUGUAUAAAUACCUUGUCCUACUGCAUAGGAAUCCUACAUUUCAUCAUGAGACUUCUUCUGCUCCUCUCUGCCUUUGUGGCAGGUGUCUUUGCUGUUGAUACCUUUGUAGGGUGAGUACUCAAUCUAGCAAUAAACCACAGAUUCAGCAUGCAGAAGUUAGGUCUCCAUAUAACAUAAAAUGUGUUAUAAAAAAACCCCAAACAUUUAAUUACAUUUGUGGUGUUCUUUAUUAUGUUUGACAAUAAUACUUUUUAAUAAUUCUGGAAAAUGUAAAUACUGUAAAUGUAAAUACACUUGUCUUAUACACCAUAGGUUAAUCAACUAAACAGUGAAUUGCAAAAUGUAAAUCAUUAUAGCCAAAUUUGGAGUUUUUCUCAAUUAAUUAUUUUAGUAAAAGCAUUGCAUUUUUUUGUAACGCACUACAGCUCAGUAUUUAUUGCAAAAAUCUUCAUCCUUGAAAAAUAGGUAAUUGAGAAAGGAACUGUAAAUGUUAGGUCAAAACAGCCAAAUUAGGCCCUGAUUUAAUAUUUUUGGAUACACUUUAAAUUGGAUUUACAAUUUUGAACAAUAUUUUGAGAUAUAAUAUAUAAAAACAAAGUUAGAUAAUUUUGAACAGCUUAUACAAAAAUGUCCAGUAUCCCAUAACCCUACAGUGCUAAUUAUUGCACUUUCUGAGAAACUGCAAUAAUUAUCAUGACUCAAAGAGGACUACAUAUGUAUAUUAUAACUGAAUUGGCUAAAUGAAAAGGGAUUCAUAAAGAACUGGCUAAAAUCUGUGCACAAUAAAUUUUCCAAGCAUCAAUCCUGGUUUUUAGUAAUGCACCACUUCAUGGUGGUCAGGAACACAAACACUUAUUCCUGACCCUAUAGUGUCUAACCCACCAUAUUGGUGCCUUGCCCCCUCUCUUAGCCCCUCUAUAAACGUUUAAAACUCACCUUAUUUCCAGCACCGCUCGGGUAUGCCGGCGCUCGAUCCGCCCACAUUGUGACAUAAUCGAAAUAUCCAAUUUUGGCUAAAAUUGGCAUCUCUAUGAGGAAAAUGCAGCAUCUCCAUGCAGAGUGUGGGGACGCUGAACAGCAGGGCUGCUUACUGUGCAGUCCUGAGCCAGGAAGCCCCUCCAGUGGCCAUUUGAGGAGUGGCCACUUGGAGGUGUCCCUAGGGGCAAUGUAAACACUGCCUUUUCUAUGAAAAGGCAGUGUUUACAUGAAAAUGCCCAAAGGGAGCUAUUAUACUCACCAGAACAACUACAUUAAGCUUUAGUUGUUCUGGUGACUAUAGUGUCCCUUUAAGAUCUCUAACCGUAUUUAUAUAUUUUUUCUGAUUCAAUUUCUUACAGUAACUGAAUCAUUGCUUUCUUUUUUCAGGCAACAGGUCCUUCGGAUCAGAGCAAGUAACGAUGAUCAAAUAUAUCAACUCCAAGCCUUAGAAAGUCUAACUCACCUUGAGGUACAAUAUUUUAUAUGCUCAAAUUGCAGAAAUAAUGCAUUUGUAAAUGAUAAUCUUAUAUUUUCAGUUAUUCAUUCAAUGUAAAUGUAUUUUUAUACUGAAUAUUGUCAAACUUUUUUAAGAACUCCUUUUUAAAUCCAUCAGUGGGAAAGAUGUGUCGAUGGUCAGAUGGGUACAAUCUGUUACUCUCUUUCUAGAAUUUUGUUUUGCUUUUUGUAGCCACUUCUCCUGAAAAUAAUGUGCUACUUUAAUCAGUGUAGUACUGUAACAUCUAGAUUUGACAAUACAUUUUCUCUCAUGAUGAUGUGAUCAUGGUGAAGAAAGAGAUAAAUUGACUAAAAACCACUGACUUUCUUUGUAGAAAGAAAAUAUACGCUACUGGGGUGGCUAAAUUGUAUAGUGCUGUGGAAUGCAUAAUAUAUGUAAAAAAUAUAUAUAACAUAAUGCUUUCUUGUUUGCAUUCCCGCAAAGGUACAGUGAUUUUGUAAAAUAGUUUAAUAUUUUCAGUUGCAAACUUUAUUUUUAUAAAGGAAAAAAGAAACAUAACUUGUCAGUAAUGACAAAAUAUGAUCUGGUAGAACAAGACAUCCUGACAAACAAUAUUACAGGUACUGCGGCUAUCGUUCUCUGAGCAUGUCACAUUAGGCAAACAAAAAAAAAACACAAGUAAACUUUCUCCCAAUAAAGAGAUUAUUUGACUCCUUUUCCAUGGGUAACGGGAAACUUAAAAGUAUCAACUCUUGCUAUAUAGCAUUACUCGAUUCUGUGUAUGGGUUGACUGCUAUGCGAUACAUGAGAUACAUUUAUUUUUAAUGCAUGUUACACAGGGAUAAUCCUAUUCCACAUUUUAUUUUUACAUUUAUAGCUUGAUUUCUGGACAGAACCAGCCAAGGUUGACAUUCCAGUUGAUGUUCGCGUACCUUUCCACAGUCUUCAGUCUGUAAAGAGUUACCUAGAAUCUCAGAACAUUGAGUACUCCAUCAUGAUCGACGAUUUGCAGGUAUAUGAAAAUAAACCCUACCAGUCUGUUAAUUAGAUCCUUUACUAAAACUGUACCUUUUGAUAACAUCACAUAUUAUGGAGUAAACUUUUUAAAUUAAUUUUUAUUAGAAUUCUGAUGGCAUCUAAAAAUUGAUUUAUUUAAUUUAUUUUUCUAGCUGGCUUUUUUAUUUUAUAUUUACUUGUAUGUGCUUAUUUUUUUCUAUCUGUCCCAAACUUUCUUUUUAUAUGCAUGUAUUUUUUCUAUCUGUCUUACUGCACAGUGUGUUUGUCUGCACCUUUUCACUGAAAAUACAUUCAUAAAUAGAAGAAAAAGUGAGAUUAAUUCUAAGUUCCAGUUUCUCCAAAAUGGGAAAAACAUUUCAAGUCAUAAAAAUGUCCUUAGUUAUUGACUGACUUACUCUGUAACAACUGAUAACCUUCGAUUAAUCUCUAACAAAGGUUAUAUAUUUAAGAUGCGAUAGAGUGUAUGUAUAUAGUAUUAUUUUUCUUUAAUAUGGAAUUUGCAAGGUAAUUACUUAAACUGUAUCAUUUAUUUGCAUCUAUGCAAACCUUAUGUAAUAUAUUUUCUGCAAUAAUGCAAAGAUGAUGGUGAUGUAAUUAAUCACAUGCAAUGUAUUAAUCAUAUAUAAUAUAUUUAUUUCAGGCUGUGCUUGACGCAGAGAAGCAGGAGAUGGAAUUAAAUCAAAUAAAAGAACGUAAUUCUGGCACAUUCAACUAUGCUACAUACCACACUUUGGACAAUGUUAGUAGUUUAAUCUAUCGUUUAUAUGUAAAAUGAGGUCUGCUAAUAAUUGACCUAUUAAUAAGAUUAAAAUAUAGUUGUAAAUGACAAUUUGAAAUGCAUUUUUUCCAAGGAAGUAAAAUAUAAUCAGAUCGAGAGCCCUUUUAUGUCUUUUUAAAUAUAUUUAAGUAAAAAUAUACAAAGAGCAAAAAUGUUCUAAUCUGGAGAAACAUAUAUUGUAUACUGUGUCACAUAAAGGAAGUUAAUAUUAUUUGAUAUAGAAUUCUACAUGACCUAAUCAUCUUCCAAAAGGUCUAUGGCAUUACCAUAAACUGAGCCUUAAUGAUGAUUUGCUGGCAAUAAAUUUCCUAAUAAUUUAUUUUACCCAAAUAAGUCUGUUAGACCUUAAAUAUAAAGUUAAUAAAUCACUCCAGCAGAGAUGGAAAAGCUGCAUGGGAAACCAAAUUGCUAAAUUUAAGCUAUUAUAUUCAAGUUGUGAGAAUUUCUCCAAUUCAAAAUCUAUAAAUUGUGCCAAACUGUUAACAAAUACAGAGAUUGAAAGUUAUGCUUACAUACUUAAAGGGACACUCUACACCUAAAGCAUUUUAGUUUGCUGAAGUGCUUUGUGUUUUGUUUUUUACAAAUAGAAAUUUCAAUAGAAAUUAUAAAUUAACCUUGUUAUACUCAUACAACAGAGCCUGUUACUUCCUGGUUUGGUUAGCUCAGUGGAGUUAAACUCAGGAGGCAAUAAUUGCUCAGAGCACCUGCUUUGCAAAGACUUCUCAUUGAGCAGCAUUGGGAAGUCUGUGAUUGGACAGCCACAGAAAGUGUGGGUAGAGUUAGAAGGUAAGGGCUUGCAAAGGCUUCAGACAAGAGCUUUGCCGCUUUUGCAAGCUGUUUUUACCUAUAUACCCAAUGAAAAUAAAUGCAUAAUUAAAUACAUGCACAUUUUCAUUGAUUCUAUAUCUACUAAAUUCUAUAUCGACUAAGUUCCAUGAUUAAAGAUUUUAAUGUCUGUCACCAUUCUGUUGACUGUAUUAAAAUCUGUGGUAAUCUUAAACCCUUAUGUAUCAAUUUGGAUAACUAAGCUCUAUUGUUCGUUAAGCUUUUCUCACAAAUAAACCAUAUUAAUUCUUAGAAAGUCACUCACAUGUAACAAAUUUAUGUAUUUUAUAUUUUCCGAUAUAGCUGUACAAAGGUCUUGACGCUAUUGUUCUGGAUUUUAAAUCACUGGUCACCAAGCAACAGAUCGGGACCUCUCACGAAGGAAGGCCUGUCUAUGUCCUUAAGGUAAGACACUAUAAUAUUCUAUUAUUAUUUUAAAAAUAAAUAAAAAGGUAACUAUCUGUUUUCUAUUCAUUUGAUUUUACAUAUAUUAUUCCCCAUUAGCAAGAACACUAGCAAACAUGUUUAGAUGUAGCAUUUCAUACAUUAAAAAAUAUUUGGAAGUUAUUGUUAAUAUGUAUAGUAUUGUACACACCUGACAUUGUCCUAAUUUUGUGUCUUGCAUACAUUGUAUGAGGAAGAACACUAAACGUAAAUUGACACAGUUUUCAUUAGACUAUAUACUUAUUCUUACAUUUUUUUUUUCGUCAUAUAUGCAUUAUUUUGUGUUAUCUAACAUUGUGUUUUGUUUCCAGUUCAGUACUGGUGCCAGUCGUCCUGCAAUCUGGUUGGAUGCUGGCAUUCACUCUCGUGAAUGGGUUACCCAAGCUAGUGCCCUGUGGAUUGGAUACAAGGUACAUUGCAGAGAAAGUUGUACUCUUUUAUAAUAAAUAUAAAUUUGGUAUUUAUCGUUAACCUUCUCCAUAGACAUCAGCUUAGAGUAAAUGCAGUUUAAUAGAGUCUGAAGGCAAGUCUAGUAAAUACAUUAAUACAAUUUUGGGUUUAUAUCACAAAAAUGACUAUUUUAGUUACUUCCACAUUCACCGCAUUUGUUUGUAUCUCUUCUAUCUUCACCAUAAGUUGCUCUCCAAAUGGAUGUUGUAUAUCUUGUUGAGGGUUUUCAUCUAAUAUUUGGUGUGAUGCCUGUGAAAAUGUGCAUGAGCUAUUUCCUUAGAACAAUCUUAGCUGUCUUUACAUAAAAAGUGUACAAUUUACACGCUAAGCAGAGAAAUAUUCCAAUGGUAAAUGAAUGAAACAUCUCAAGCAUAGGAAACUUAGAACAAGAAAAUGUGUCCACACGGCGGUUGGUCAUACUGGAAAAACCUCUACCUGAGAUAAUAAAAACACAAAAAAAAUAAAGAAAUUUGACCAGACAGCGUUCAAUUCUAUUUUCAUGGAAAGUGGGCAAUAAUUACAGUCUUCCAAACAAUGUUAUUCCGACAGGACCAGUUUUAAAUGCUUUGGUUUUAAUAUUCAACUCUUUCCUUUUAUCAGCUUGCUACAGAUUAUGGAAAGGAUGCAUCCAUUACAUCUCUGCUAAACAAAUUUGAUGUAUUCCUUCUAGUGGUCACAAACCCAGAUGGAUAUGUCUAUUCCCACAGUACAGUGAGUAUCCUCCUCUCUUGGUGGUAACGUUUUUGAUCUGCGUAGCUACAUUCUUCUACAUAUGAAUAAAGUGUUAAAAUUAAAGUUUCUGUUGGCGUACAUAUUGUUUUACUGCCACACUGCUGACAUAACCUGAAAACGACUGCUGCAAGUUCCACAAUCCAACAUUUUAUCUUCUGUGAGAAAAUAUUGCUUGCAAAGCUUUUAAAUUAAUUUAUUUAUGUAAUUCAGAAAUAGUGAAACAUUCGCUCAUUUCUGAAUCAUUACUCACUAAGGGUGGCUAGUGAAAGGGUAGAAGAAUUAACUGACUCUCAGUCUAUAGUUGCUUUUCAGGCAAUUGCUUCCGUACUUGCAAGCAGUACCGGAGAAGACGUUGGACUAGCACGCAGGGGACUCCACUUUAGUGUUAAACUGUUAAAAAAUGGUCGGUAGUUGUAGAUAAGAAAUCACUGGGGUACUCAUGGCACCAUAACCACUUCAUUGAAGUGGGUUUGAUGCUAGAGUAUUCCUGUAAAUAACUUGUAGAUGAGAUAAAACAUUGCUCUUUUUUUAAUAGAAUUUAGUGGACUACUUUGUACCAUAAUUUUUCUGUCUCCAGAACCGUAUGUGGCGUAAAACUCGUGCACCUAACAGUGGAAGCAGUUGUGUGGGUGUGGAUCCCAACAGGAACUGGAACGCUGGAUUUGGAGGUAACUGAAAACAAGUGCUCUGGUCUAGGGAUUCCACAGUCUAGUGCUCUCUUUUAUUUCCAUUUGCCAUGCAAGUAGCACUGAUAUAUAAUAACUUGUUAAAUUAAAAAGGUUGGUUGGAUUCCUACUUUGCGACGUGUAUAACAUCUUUAUCUUUACCAUGACUCUGUACAAACUAGCAUAAACAUUUCAAGGUCAUCUGCAUAUACGUUACUGUUUUUCCUUUGAUAAUUCUAGCCAAAUGUAUUUUUUAUAUUGUGUACAUAACUUUGCAAUAUGUACAUAAGGAGAGUGGACUGGAAUGCGCUUGCGUGAACAAUGACUUCACUGUACUAGUCGGUGGGGGCACUGGACACCAUUGAGUGAGUGUACUGUGUGUCCGUCGCAUUCAAAAUGACUAGAGUCAGUAGACCAACGAAUCUGAAUCAAAUUCUGCACUAAGCUUGAAUGUUUCUCCUUCGGUAACUAUUCGGAUUUAGAAGGUUUUCGGUGAUGAAUGCAGCGCAAAUAAGUGUUGCACAAACGUUUAAAAGAUGGUCGAGAAUCUGUUGAAAGAUUUGGCGCCCUCCGACUUCUGACUUUCCCUAAAACUAAAAUCACCUUUGAAAGGGAAGAGAUUCAAACCGUUGAUGAGAUCCAGGUAAAUAAGACGAGGCAGCUGAUGUUGAUUCCAACAAAUUAUUUGGCAGAGUGUUUUAAAUAGUGGAAGAGACGCUGGAAGAACUGUGUGAGGUCCCAAGGCGCCUACUCUAAAGGGGUCGUUGUCCACUUACAAUGUUUCUUGUAUCUAUCUUCUUCUCCAUUUUUAAUAUUACAUUGCUGAAUACUUUCUGGACAGACCUUGUGUAUGUAUGUAUAUAUGUGUGUGCGUGUGUAUAUAUGUGCCUAUUUCAAACAAGAAAAAGGAAGAGAGCUGCGUCACAUAAAAUCACAAUAACACACAACAAUUCGGAUAACAAAGUAUAAAACAAAAUAGAAAAUGGGUAGCCCCCGCAAUAAUAGUUCUCACAUAGAAAGGAUGCCUCUAAUUAAGAGGUAAGUACAGCUGUAGAUGUUUGAUAAGCAUGAAUUCUUUGUGCUUGGGGGAUGUGGUAGUUCAAUCUAUGUAAGAGAGCUAUAGCCAGCUCUAGCAUAGGUUGCAUACAAUGGUACAAUCCCCAGUUAUAGUAUAUGAUGAGGGACGUCCACAGCGGUAGAGGUGCCCGGUGCUCAGGAGAAAGUUAAAAAAGCAACCAGUAGUGAUCUCAAUACUAUAAUAAGAACUGAUAAAAUUGAUAAAAAUUGUACUCACAAGGAUAGAGCAGAUUCACUGCUCUAUGAUGAUAGCGUUGGUGGUAUGAUCCCCACCUCGGAUUUCUUGAGAGCAGAGAUGAUAAAAUGCCAGGAAGAUAAUAAAAUAUAAAGGAUAUGGCACAAUCCACUAAUGCAGUGACCAAAAUCCUUUAUUAAAUAAAAUACAAAGUAACAUCUAUAACGCAUUUCGCUGAUGGUUUUGGUGUGGUAUAUAUUUCCCGUUUUGUUAUAUAUUAUAUUUGGUGUAUGUGAGGUACACUUUUUGGGUGUUCGGCACUACCAUUUGGUCUUUUGGGACAUUAUACAGUACUUUUUCUUAUGCAUUUCGCCGAUGUGGCUUUUUCAGAUGGGAUUAAAACAUACAACCUGGCUACGUGGGGUUUAAAUAGGGAUAGAAAAAUUUAAAAUGGGCGCCAAAAUCCAAUCAUAGGCUGUCCUCCAAUGAAAUGCAAUCACUCUUUGUAAGAUGCAUAUAUGAGAAUUAUGCAUAUAAUAUUAUAGAUUGUUUAGUGGGAAGCAGAAAUAUAUAAUUGUAUUGUAAAAACGAUGUGUAUUUAAUGUAGUAACGGCUUCUAAAGCUGGGACAUGUGACCCGCGACAUAUGCGCGUCAGAGUAUUGGCUGCUAAGCCUUCUGGGAACUGUAGUCUUCAGUAUGGUGGCUGUUAUGUUGUGGAGAAAGCUUACAGCUGUGUUGUAUAUCUGCUCUAAUAUUACCUUGUUUCCUGACAUGCAGGACCAGGAACAAGUGCAGAUCCCUGCUCUGAUUCUUACCAUGGGCCCAGCCCUGAGUCUGCAGUGGAAGUGAAAAAUAUUGCUAACUUUGUCAGACAGCAUGGCAAAUUCAAGGGCUUUGUGUCAAUUCAUAGCUACUCACAGUUACUUCUCUUUCCUUACGGUUACAAGUGCACAAACCCAGCUCACUUCACAGAACUGGUGAGUUAUGGCUAUUCAAGAUUUUGAAAAAUAUAAUAAAUAGUAAAGAUAUUUUCAGGAGCUCUAUAAUACUUUAGUUUGAUCUGUUAAUGUACUUUUGCAUCACUAGAAAUAUUUCUGGAAAUCAUUUGUGCUUUUGUUUCUUUUUUUACCUUGCAUGUUGUUUUUCUGCUUGUGUAGAAGGCCUGAUUAAGAAGCAUUAGCAUAGCAUUUUAUUUUAAAAAAGACAUACAUAUUGUGGGCAUACAUAACUGUCCUUCAUGCACUGUGUAUCAAGUCAUUCACCACCCUAAAUGUCAUAAGAACACAUGCAAACAACCCUGCAUGGAAAACGUUCUCUGAACAGUUAUACACAAAACCUUGAGUCUUCUCUUUCUGCCUGUGGCCCACUGUGGCUAUGGUAUGUCUUGAUGAUGCAUUCAUUCUAACCGUUGCUUUUCUUGUUAGAACACUGUAGGUAAAGCAGCUGCUACCGCUCUGAGCUCUCUCUAUGGUACCCAGUACAAAGUUGGAACCAUCUGUUCCACCAUCUGUAAGUACAUCAUAUGUCACUCUAUUUGUCUAGUGACAUUAUUCUUACUUGGCCAUCUCUGAAAUAAUUUCUCCAUGACAAUAACUUGUCAGAACCUAAUUCACAAAUCAUUUGCUUUUAUAGUUAAUAUUGAGAUCCAUUCAACUGUGUGCAACUGUUGAGUUACGCGUUACAGAUAUUCUUGUUUUAAGUGAUGAUGGUGCUUUUAGUUGUAUGACCUGCAAGUUGUGAUUUACCUGCACUGCUCCCCAAUGCUAAUAUGUCUCUCCAGGACAAUGCUGGGUCUAAUUUGCCAAACAGUGUAAUUUUGUAAACAUUUUACCUCAGUACGUGGCAUAUGACCUGCAGCUUAUACAUGUAUCUUGUUAUGAAUAAUAUUUAAGUGUAUGUUGUUGCUAGGCAAAUGGCAUGUUACUCUUUAUUUUUGGGAUGCAACCAUUGCAUUUCAUGUACAAUUUUUGCUACACUAGCCUAUUGUGUUUGAUACUGAAAACUUUGCAGAUCAUUGGCACAAUAUUGCUGCAUAAAUAAAUAUAUAUUUUUAAUAAUUUAUAUAUUUGAGUGUAAUGGACAGUUUUGUGCUUGACGGCAAUCCUCCUUCUUGAAUAGCUUGGUUAAAGGGAUGAUGAUGAUAGACAUUUGUUCUCACUUUUUUUGUUUGUUUUUUUCCUUUAAGAUCAAGCCAGUGGCGGAAGCAUUGACUGGACCUACGAUAUUGGAAUCAAGUACUCUUUUGCCUUUGAGUUGAGAGACACAGGACGUUAUGGUUUUAUUUUACCAGCAACACAGAUCCUACCAACCGCACAAGAGACUUAUCUUGGCGUGAAAAAGAUCUUGGAGCAUGUACGAGACAACCCCUACUAAAGUGUAUAUAUAUAUAUAUAUCAAUCAAAGUAAAGAGCCACUCCAUUUGUUACAGAUUACAAUAAAGUACCAAAAGUAUGUGUUAAAAGAUGUUUUAUUUUUAUUUCACAAUUCUUAUACUGAUUAUUACUUCUAGAAUGGCUUUCUAACUGUAACACAAUAAAAACACUCUGACAGAGGAAGACUGAACCGCUUAAUGUAUUCAUAGUAAAAUAACACUAGGAUAAAGGUCAUGGAUACACAGUGGCCAUGAAUGUCUUGUGUGUCUCACUUUAUAUACUCCUUUCUUACCUAGAUGCAGUUAAUUGCAAAUUAUAAAGCCAACUCAUGAGUGUUUAUUCAGUGCUAAUGUUUGUCAUUGUCCAGGAAAAAAAACUGCAAUUUCACAAAAUUCUACUGAAUGUGCAAAAUGUAUCUACAUUAUCCAAAGUAAUAACAACAUGACUAUUAAAUAAUAAUUAAUAAUUAAUAUUAAUUAUAAAAUUAGAUACAACACAUGUCUAAUCUUUUCAAGUAGACUCACAUAUACAGCACAGCAUGCAUAAUUCCACCAACUGUCUUGCAUAAUUUUUGUUUUAUUAAUUAAGGAGAAUACAAUACAAGAAUACCAUAGGAGCAAGUAUAUUUCUGAACAAAUUAGAUGAUUUGGGGUGAUUCAUACCACAUGUGCAUGUUAAGAAAAAUAAAGUGCUAUAGAGUACAUUUCAAUAAAGUAG